AUGACCUUGAUAUUAUAUGUUUUUAAUAUUUUCAAAGAAAUUGUACUAAGCCAAUCUGUUAGUAAUGAAUCUGAUAUACAAAAAUAUGAAAACCCAAAAGAAUGUGAAGACUCACAUAACUCUGAACCUGAAAGCCUAUUAGAAUCUGAACCUAAAAGCCUAUUAGGAUCUGAACCCAAAAGCACAUUAGAAUCUGAACCUGAAAGCCUAUUAGAGCCUGAAAUUUUAAAUACUGAAAAUUCACAAGUAGGUUCAAUGUUAUUUACAAUAAAGGCAACAAUCGUAGUAAUGGUAUAUGUCAUACCCAAGUUUUCAUAUGUAAUCAUUAUAGUUAAUUCAAACCCAAAAAUAAAAACCCAAACAAAGCAAGCAGAAAUGUUGAAUCAAAAAAGUGUGGUUGCAAGUGCAUCUCAAACUAUUCUUACAGAUAAUGAUCUCUCAAUAGCUAAUGCUAUCCAUUUUGCUUUAACUGAUAAAUAUAAUACUAAGCAUAGUCUCUGUAUAUGGCAUAUGCUAAAAAAUAUUAGAUCUAAUAUGACCUCUAAGAUUGGAUCUAAAUAUAAUGAGUUUCAUGCUAAUCUCAUUAAAUGUCUUGAUCAUUGUAUUAAACAAAGUAAAUUUGAGAAGCAAUGGAGUAGUAUUAUGUUCAACAAAAAUUAUGCAAAAGCAAG